UCCUCCGCUCCCUCGGCUCUGUGGCGCACCUCCCCUGUAACCCCUCCCUCUCACCUCUCCUAGCUCUGCCCAGCUCUCCCGCGGCCCCUCCCCCUCCCAUGCUGCGCUCCUCUAUCCCCGGCUCUCCUUCCCCCCUCCGCGGCUAUUUCUCUCCUCGCUCUUCCCUUCGGUUUCCUCGCCCUCCGGUAGGCGGGGCGCUCGCGUUCCAAAUGUGCCUCCUUGACGCAGCCUCGAGUUGAGCCAAUCGUCUUGCAGAUGCGGGCUGCGCCGGAGCGGAGGGCGACCAAUCCGAGGGCCGCUAGGUCUCCUGCGGCUUCCUCCGCUAGCCCGGCCGGGGCUUUGCGUCGGGUCGGCGGCGGUCGCGGGAGGGGAGGGUCCGAGGUCUGUGCCUUGGAGGAGAGCGGAGGAAGGGAGGGAAAUCUGCCCCGCUCCAAACCUCCCUUCGUCGCCCACUCUGGAUGGGCCCCCGAACGCUAGCAGCCCCUGCUGAGGUGAUUCCCGAGCUGCUACCCAACCAUGCCAAAUUCCUUACUGUGGGCUGUGGAUAUUUUUGGGAGAGUGUACACGCUUGCCACAGCUGGCCAAUACUGGGAACUCUGCAAGGAUGCCCAUCUAGAAUUCAAGCGGGUCAGCGCUGUGAAGCAGUGCUGCUGGGGGAUCGCCUGUGACAAUCAAGUCUAUGUAUACGUGUGCUCCAGUGAUGUCCCCAUCCGGCACCGGGAGGAAACCUAUGAGAACCAGCGAUGGAAUCCAGUUGGUGGUUUCUGUGAAAAGCUCAUGCCCAGUGACCGCUGGCAGUGGAGCGACGUGAGUGGGCUCAAGCACCAACAGCUGGAUAGUUUGGUGCUGCCAUCACCACACUGGGAGUGGGAGUCUGACUGGUACGUGGAUGAAAAUUUUGGAGGGGAACCCACCGAGAAAGGGGGAUGGACAUAUGCCAUGGACUUCCCUGCCACCUACACCAGGGACAAGAAAUGGAACUCCUGUGUGCGGCGGCGGAAGUGGAUCCGUUACAGGAGAUAUAAAUCCCGGGACACAUGGGCCAAGAUUCCAUCCCAUGAUGACCCUAAACAGCUGCCUGAUCCUUUCAACGAUCUCUCCAUUGGAGGGUGGGAAAUCACAGAUGAACCUGUAGGUCGACUGUCUGUCUGGGCAGUUUCUCUGCAAGGCAAGAUAUGGUACAGAGAGGAUGUCUGCCACCCAAACCCUGAGGGUUCUUCUUGGUCACUUAUAGAAACCCCUGGGGAAGUUGUACAAAUCAGCUGUGGGCCCUAUGAUCUUCUCUGGGCCACCCUUUGGGAAGGGCAAGCAAUGGUUCGAGAAGGAAUUGAUAGAAAUAACCCCAAAGGCAGUUCCUGGUCAAUAGUGGAACCACCGGUACCUGAAAAUGGGAUCAUGCAUGUCUCUGUUGGUGUCAACGUGGUCUGGGCAGUCACUAAGGACAGAAAAGUCUGGUUUAGACGAGGUGUCAACUCUCACAAUCCCUGUGGCACCAGCUGGAUUGAGAUGGUUGGAGAAAUGAUGAUGGUAAACGUAGGGUUAAAUGACCAGGUUUGGGGAAUUGGAUGUGAUGAUCGAACAGUUUAUUUCCGACAAGGUGUUACACCGAGUGAACUUAGUGGAAAAACAUGGAAGGCCAUUAUUGCAAAUAGAGAGAAUGACCGAUCUCACACUGGAAGCUCAUCCAGCCUCCUUAGUGCCGGCUGUUUCUUUGGGGAUGAAGUGAGAGGCAGCGGUGACUCCUUGGCUCCAAGUGACACUGAAACUUCCUCGGAGACUGAGCGGCCAGGGCUGGUAUCCGAGUAUGAAAUAUCUUUGGGCAACAGCCGGCCCCGUCCUGAGAGCUCCAGGGAAGAGGAGGUGGCCUUGGCUGGAGAUGGAGUGGGCCAAGCUCAGGGUUUCGCGCCAGCUCCCAGGCCAGACUCUGCUCCGGCUGAGCUCCCCUGGACCAACAUCGACCUGAAGGAGACUCAGAAAACCUCUUCUCCCUCAGCAGCCUGCUAUGCCGAGACCACCAGCCUCUCCUCUCUGGGGCUCUUUCCUGUGGGUCUGGAGGAGGGCUAUGGAGCUGAUGAUCACCCGUUGUGGGCCUGGGUGUCGGGAGGAGGCUGCACAGUGGACACACACACAGUUCUGAAGUGGUUCACUGUUCAGUCAGGUCUCUCCACCUCCAUGCAGACGCUAUCUUUGUCCAUCACUCCAGCCCAGACAGCAGCAUGGCGAAAGCAGAUUUUCCAGCAGCUCACGGAAAGGACCAAGAGAGAACUAGAGAAUUUCAGACAUUAUGAACAGGCUGUAGAGCAGUCGGUGUGGGUGAAGACUGGCACACUACAGUGGUGGGCAGACUGGAAGCCCCACAAGUGGAUUGAUGUCCGGGUGGCGCUGGAGCAGUUCACUGGGAAUGAUGGCACUCGAGAUAGCAUCCUUUUCAUCUACUACAUGUUCCAUGAGGAAAAGAAGUACAUCCAUAUAUUUCUCAAUGAAGUGACAGUGCUGGUUCCCGUGCUAAAUGAGGCCAAACAUUCGUUUGCCCUCUAUACCCCAGAAAAAACCAAACAGAGAUGGCCCAUCCGUCUUGCUGCUGCUACUGAGCAAGAAAUGUAUGAUUGGCUUGCUCUACUCAGUACGUCCUGCUCCGAAAGCCGAAGGAUCCAAGGCCGCCCUUCCCCCCAGGCCAUCUGGUCUGUCACUUGCAAAGGAGACAUUUUUGUGAGUGAGCCUAGUGUGGACCUGGAGGCACCCAUGCAUCCAAUGCCAUGUGACCAAAUGUUUUGGCGUCAGAUUGGAGGGCACCUGCGGGUAGUGGAGUGUAACAGCCAUGGCGUCGUAUGGGGCAUCGGUUAUGACCACACAGCCUGGGUGUACACUGGGGGAUACGGUGGAGGCUUUUUUCAGGGCCUGGCCAGCAGUACCAGUAACAUCUAUAUGCAGUCUGAUGUCAAAUGCGUUUACAUCUAUGAAAACCAGCGCUGGAAUCCUGUCACGGGCUAUACCAGCAGGGGUCUGCCUACUGACCGCUACAUGUGGAGUGAUGUGACAGGGCUGCAAGAAUGCACAAAGGCCAACACCAAGCCUCCCUCCCUUCAUUGGACAUGGGUUUCUGACUGGUAUAUUGAUUUCAACAUUUCUGGUGGUACUGAUCGAGAAGGAUGGCAGUAUGCAAGUGACUUUCCAUCGUCUUAUCAUGGAUACAAAACUAUGAAGGAUUUUGUCAGACGAAGACGAUGGGCAAGGAAAUGUAAGCUGGUGACCAGUGGGCCCUGGUUGGAAGUCGCCCCCAUUUCCCUCUGGGAUGUCUCCAUUAUCCCUGGCUGUGAGGAAGGCAGCAAAGAUUCCAUUGCACUUUGGGCCAUCAGCGACAAGGGAGACGUUCUGUGUAGACUGGGCGUGUCAGAGCUCAAUCCAGCGGGCUCAUCAUGGCUGCACGUGGGCACAGACCAGCCCUUUAUUUCAGUCUCUGUUGGGGCUUUUUACCAGGUCUGGGCUGUGGCUAGAGACGGCUCAGCAUUCUACAGGGGCUCCGUGUCCCCCAAGCAGCCUGCCGGUGAUUGUUGGUACCACAUCCCUUCUCCUCCAAAACAGAAGUUAAAGCAGGUGUCAGUGGGACAGACAUCAGUGUAUGCAUUAGAUGAAAAUGGUAACUUGUGGUUCCGACAGGGAAUCACCCCCAGCUACCCACAGGGAUCCAGCUGGGACCACGUCUCUAAUAACGUCCGCAAAGUUUCUGUUGGCCCACUGGACCAGGUCUGGGUCAUUGCCAAUAAAGUUCAAGGAAGCCACAGCCUGAGCUGCGGGACUGUGUGUCACAGAACAGGAGUGCAGCCCCGGGAGCCAAAAGGGCAAGGAUGGGAUUAUGGCAUUGGGGGAGGAUGGGACCACCUUUCAGUCCGGGCCAAUACCACCAAAGCCCCAAAGAGCGUGCCCCAGGAGCCAGAGGAAGACAAUUUCUCUAGGACCACAGACCUGGAAGAGGGAGAUGGGGGCGGAGAGAGCAACUUCUUUAACAAGACUAUGCUGGUCAUGAAUGCAGUACCGGAGGUGAAUGGCAGUGCGGUGACUUGCUAAGAAGCCAAGGCUGCCUUCACCCGCUGCAGGGACCUGGGAACCGAGGCGGAUUUUGUAGGGUCUAGAUUUGCUAUGUGAGCCUUUUACAGUUAGAUUUAUUUUAUUCUUGUAUUGGAAUUUUGCAGUUUGUGCAGGGAGAGGAUGGAGGCAUAGAUCCUGUGUAAGGUUGGAGGGAGGUAGCUGUUUCAGAGGCCGUCCCACCACCUCCGAAAUGUGAAUUUUUGUGUCAUUGCACUUUGGUCUCGGAUCUAGUAAACGUCCUUAAUCUUACCUUCGCUGCUUCGGAGUGUCCUCUGUGUGCCUCUCUGUUCUGGCUGAGUCCUCUUCAUAGGAGAUGGCUCCUUUGUUCCCUCUCUCUGCCUGACAAUCGCCACAAGGAGGAACCGGGCCCUGGCUUGGAGCCUGUGCUGUUGCUGGUGGCAGAAGGGAGACAGACCAGAAGGGAAACAGACCCUGGGCCUAGCAGCCUCCAUAAGGGAGUUACACAUGGCUGAAUCACUUCUGGACUGGGGGCCCCAGAGUCCUUCCUUGAGCUACUCCUGUUCUCCCCCAGAAUGCAGGGGCCUCAUGUGGUUCCAGCUCAUGUCCCCAGGGCUCUUUAGAGCCUGAUGCUGGACUUCGGUGGGGAAGGAGGGUUAGGAAAGUUGUGAGAUUAGAGGCAACAGCCAGCUGGCAGCAGUGUCUCAAUUUCAUUUUUCUUUUCUCUUGUUCUUUCUCUGUCACUUGGACUGUAUCUCCAUAUAAAGUAGGAUUUAAAAACAGAUUUAAUCCAACAGCAACCAGUUCAUGAAAUGGUUGGUUUUUUUUUUUUAAAGGUGGACUUAAUUCUGCCAUGUCUGUGUGUAGACAUAAUACUACUGAAUUUUCCUUAUUUUGUUGCUGUUUACUUGUGUUGCAAAAGAACAUGCUGCCAUGUUUAGAAAGAAUUUGAUGUAACAUUAGAUUACAAAGAGAGAUAUGCUGUAGAAAAUUGUAAUUUGUCCAAAAAACUUGAAUUGACAUUGUUCUAAGUAGUCUUUAAUUUUUAUUAAUGUAACCAAAUAACACUAAAGCCAAGGAAGGAAGACUGUAAAUUUUAGGAUUAAGUACCUUGGGAGGAGAGGGGAGUUUUUCUCUGCUCUUCCCCCAUGAGCAUUCAAUAAUACUUAUUUUUACCUUCUUCAGUGAACUGCCUUUAUGAGAUAGUUCCACCCCAAAAAACCACUGCCCCUAUUCCAUCAGCUGAAUCAGAAUACACUUUGUUAAACUGAUGAAUCAGUGAAAUCAGUUUAUUAAAUUGCCCUUGGUUUUGAUCUGUUUUACCCAGGGGCAAUGAUGGAUAAUUCUUCUGUCAUUUUAUUGCCAGAUUUACAUCCUGUUGGUGAAAUUUUCUCUAGUUUGUCUUUCCAAAUUGGAGACCUUUGCAUGUGCUGUGAAUCAAAAACAAAUGCCCAUUCUCUUAUUAUUUUAAGAUUAAAUAAAAGCUGAUUUAUAAUUAGCUUUUCCCAGAAUCAUCAUUCUUUUAGUUUGAUCUAUUUUCUUCUGUUGUUAGGAGAGAGGACAGGCAUAGAUUUAAUUAUAUUCCUUUGUAUUGUGUUUUAUUACACAUGAACAGAAUUUUGAACGAAAAGUUGCUUUGUGACUUCAUCUGUGAAUCAAGUUUGAAGUCCUAAAUGAAUGUCUUUUUUUUUUUUUUUUUUUUUGCAUGUAUUGUAUCUUUUGCCAUUUUUGACACCAAGGUGUACAGUUUGAAUGUCCCAAAUGGAAAAUUAUUCAAGAUGGUUUGCGUUAAAAAAAAAAAAAAAAAAAAAAAAAA